GCAUGAAUUGCAUGAAAUCGAAACGGCGUCAGUCAGUUUUGUUCUGUUUUGGAAGCCGCACGCGUUUUCCAUCGCUCCGGUUGUGCUUGUUUUCGCAUCGCACACACACACACACACUCUCGCCGCACAGACGCGACCAAAAGAAAACAAAAUCAAAUUCGGCGCAAACAAGGAAUAAAUUUUUAUAUUCCUAUUGUGCAUCGUAUAUCGUAUUAAGUGCAAGAAAUAUAUUUACACACAUCUAACAAAAACACCGCAACUACUAUUGUGCAUUUUGUUUUGCUCUGUGCCGAAGGAGCGGAGAAAAGAAAAAAACCGCAACAAAUCAAAAAAUCUGUGCGUUUGUUAUACACACCUAAGUGUCCUGCAGGAAGGACAUCGGGUUCAUUUACGCCACCCGCUGUUUUCAAGGACCAAAGGAUUAUUCCCAAUUACCGCAUUUCAACAAGUUCGAAAAAAGCAACACACAUUUUACACAGAGUUUGCGAGAAUCGAAAAAGAAUUCUCGCAGAGUUCUCUAAACGAUCUUGAUUCAUCGACAAUAUGGGCGAACUCGAGGAGAAGGAAACCCCGCCCACUGAGACGACAGCCGCCCAGCAAGAGGCGCUAGAGGAGCCCAAGGAAACGGACAAAAUGUUGGACAAAAAGGAGGACGCCAAGGAGAAGACACCCAGUCCACAGACCUCCAAGCCAGCAUCUCCAAAUGUCGGCAAGAAAUCCUCACCAGUGGCCGAGAAAAAAAUCGACGAUGCUGAAUUAGCGAAAUCCAAAUCAGGCAAUGGAGAAGAGAUUAUCGAUAUUCCCGCCGAGAAUGGCACAAAGUCAGACAGCGCCGAUGACAAAAAGAUAAGCAAGGAGGAGCGCGAGGUCAAGCCCAAAAAGAUCCCGAUCGGAGGUCUCAAACUGCCCGGUUUCUUCAUGAAGAACAAGCCGAAGGCAGAUGGUGAUGGUGCCGAGGGCGAGCUGCUCGAAAAGGAGAAGGAAGAGGAUAAGGAUAAGGAAGCCAAUGGAGAUGCCGCCACCGGUUCCGGCAAAGACGAACAGAAAUCUCGCCCAGGACUGGGAGAACGCCUGCGCAGCUUCUUUGCCCGCAAGCCAUCCGCCGAAAAGGAAAAGAAGCAGCUGGUCAACGGUGACGCGGAUGCCAAGUCUGAAGCCACUGCUGAAGCUACGCCCGCUGAAGAUGCCUCCGAUGCACCACCAAAGCGUGGACUUUUGAACGCCAUCAAGCUGCCAAUCGCCAACAUGAUACCGAAAAAGAAGAGCAACGAUGAUGUGGAGCUGGGCUUGGGCAAGGCCGGUCUGGCCUCGAUGGAGACCCUCGACGAUUCCCUUAAGGAUCAAGACACAGUGGAUCGGGCUCCCGUCAAGACCAACGGUACCGAGGAGCUGAAGGGCGAGCUGAAGGACGAGAAGCUGGCGGCGGAGGAAAAACUGGCCGCCGAGGAGGAGGAGCAAAACCGACCCGUCUCCUUGCUAACCCGUCUGCGUGGCUACAAGUGCAGUGUGGACGAUGCCCUGAUUGUGUUUGGCAUCCUGCUAUUUGUGCUCCUGUUGGGCGUGAUUGGUUACGUACUAACCCACGAGACUUUGACCUCGCCGCCGCUGCGGGAAGGACGCUACAUAAUGGCAGUGACGGGAUGCGGACCCGUGGAGGGCGUUAAGGAAGAUGGAGCCUUUGCCUUCCGUGGCAUUCCAUAUGCGAAGCCACCCGUAGACAGACUGAGAUGGAAGCCGGCUGAACUGAUUGAUGACAUCAAUAUGUGCUGGAAUGAUACACUGCAAACCCAUAACAGCAGUGUGGUGUGCACGCAGCGAUUGGGCAAUGGCACCACCGUUGGCGACGAGGAUUGUCUAUACCUUGACGUGGUUACUCCCCAUGUGCGGUACAAUAACCCCUUGCCUGUGGUCGUCCUGAUCGGAGCGGAAUCUUUGGCUGGUCCUUCGCCGGGUAUUCUCCGUCCAUCGGCUCGCUAUUCUCGAUCGCACGAUGUGAUCUUUGUGCGUCCCAAUUUCCGUUUGGGUGUCUUCGGCUUCCUAGCCCUCGACGCUCUGACCAAGGAGGCACAUCCGCCAACUUCGGGCAACUACGCGCUCACCGAUAUCAUCGCCGUGCUCAACUGGAUCAAGUUGAACAUCGUACAUUUUGGCGGCGACCCGCAAUCCGUCACCCUGCUGGGUCAUCGGGCCGGAGCCACUCUGGUGACUCUUCUAGUUAACUCACAAAAGGUGAAGGGUCUGUACACCAGGGCCUGGGCAUCAUCUGGAUCAGCAAUUCUGCCUGGAAAGCCAUUGAGUGAGUCUGGAAAACAAAACGAGCAGCUGAUGGCCACCCUCGAGUGCGCUGACAUCCAGUGCCUGCGUGAAGCGUCCAGCGAGCGACUUUGGGCUGCCACUCCCGACACCUGGCUGCACUUCCCCGUGGAUCUGCCGCAACCGCAGGAGGCGAAUGCCAGCGGUAGCCGACACGAAUGGUUGGUUCUCGAUGGAGAUGUGGUCUUUGAGCAUCCUUCGGAUACCUGGAAGCGCGAACAGGCCAACGACAAGCCGGUGCUGGUUAUGGGCGCCACUGCGCAUGAGGCGCACACCGAGAAACUGCGCGAACUACAUGCGAACUGGACGCGAGAGGAGGUGCGUGCCUAUCUGGAAAACUCCCAGAUUGGAGCAUUGGGCCUCACCGAUGAGGUUAUCGAGAAGUACAAUGCCAGCAGCUAUGCGUCGCUGGUUUCCAUCAUUUCGGACAUUCGCAGCGUUUGCCCGCUGCUGACGAAUGCGAGACAGCAGCCCAGUGUGCCGUUCUAUGUCGUCACCCAAGGCGAGGGACCCGAUCAGCUGGCCACGGUGGACGCCGAUGUCCAGGCCAUUCUCGGCCGCUAUGAGCCGCACACCGUAGAGCAGCGCCGCUUCGUUUCGGCCAUGCAGCAGCUAUUCUACUACUAUGUCUCCCACGGCACGGUGCAGUCGUUUGUCCAGAACCGCCGGGUCAUCAAUGUAGGCCAGGAUGCGCAGCCGGAAGAGGACUACUUGCCCUGCAACUACUGGAUCAGCAAGGAUAUUGUGCCGCGGUAUGCGCGCGUCGAUUAAGCAAACCAAAAUCCCAAAAGAUAGGCCCUCGCUUCUAAACUUUCGCACCUGUCUUGAUCCGCCUGGGAUCGAUUAUCUCAUUCAGCUUGGUUGCGCCUUCGGUUUCUAUUAAACUUAAAGUUAUCUCGCAAAAAUCGUACGAUUGAAAUUUCGAAAAUUUAAAAUACUUUAGGUAUUGGAUUUUAAAGUAAUAUUCGAUUUCUUUAAAUUUAAUACGAACCGAGUGCCUAAUCAAAGCUUAAUACUUCCCGACUUCGUUUCGUGUUUAGUUUAGCAUAUAAGUUAAUCUAAUGUUUAUAUAUAUAUAAAUAUAUGUGUAACGGAUAUUUAGUUCUCGUACAGUUUAAGUUGAAAGUCUUAAGUUAUGCUGACUCCAUACGUUUAUUCAUACGAGUACGUAUUCUCUAAUCUUAACAUUAACGAACACAAAAACACACAGACACAAACAGCAAAAA